AUGCAAAAAGGAAGACAUUUGAAAAGAGAUUGUCAUAAUAGGCAGUACUACGCUUUUCUAGAAGUAAAAAAGGACACAGAAGGGAUUGAGAUGCCAUCUACUCUAACUAUAAACGGCAAGGCUUCUGCGGUUGCCUAUGCUGAAUUGAUCGCAGCUCGUAUUGUGAAUGCGUUAGCUCCAAACUCUAUUGCUGUUGAAUUCGUCGAUGACAAGAAAGCUCCUGCAGCAAAACUCGACGAUGCCACUGAAGAUGUUUUCAGCAAAAUCACAGGAAAAUUUGCUGCCAUAUUUGAUAACGGUAAGAAGGAGGAAGUUGCCAAAUGGGUUAAAUUGGCUCAAGAAGAAUUAGUCGUUAAGAACUUCGGUAAACUGUCCCAAUCAUUGGAAACAUUGGACGCUCAAUUGAACUUGAGAACUUUCAUUCUUGGUGGUUUGAAAUACUCCGCUGCUGAUGUUGCAUGCUGGGGUGCUUUGAGAUCUAAUGGUAUGUGUGGUUCUAUCAUCAAGAACAAGGUUGAUGUUAACGUCUCUCGUUGGUACACUUUGUUAGAAAUGGAUCCAAUCUUCGGUGAAGCACAUGAAUUCUUGACCAAAUCUUUACAAGAAGUAAAGAAGAAUGCUAAUGUGGGUAAGAAGAAGGAAACUCACAAGGCUAACUUCGAAAUUGAUCUACCAGAUGCCAAGGUAGGUCAAGUUGUCACUCGUUUCCCACCUGAACCUUCUGGAUACUUACAUAUUGGUCACGCUAAGGCUGCUUUGCUGAACCAGUAUUUUGCUCAAGCUUACAAGGGUAAAAUGAUCAUUAGAUUCGAUGACACCAACCCAUCGAAGGAAAAGGAAGAAUUUCAGGAUUCCAUUUUGGAAGAUCUUGAACUAUUAGGUAUUAAAGGUGACAGAAUAACCUACUCUUCCGACUACUUCCAAGAAAUGUACGAUUACUGUGUUCAAUUGAUCAAAGAUGGUAAGGCUUACUGUGACGAUACUCCAACUGAAAAGAUGAGAGAGGAACGUAUGGAUGGUAUUGCUUCUGCAAGAAGAGACCGUUCCGUUGAAGAAAACUUAAAAAUCUUUACUGAAGAAAUGAAGAACGGUACUGAAGAAGGUUUGAAGAACUGUGUUCGUGCCAAGAUCGAUUACGAGGCUUUGAACAAGACUUUAAGAGAUCCUGUUAUCUACAGAUGUAACUUGACUCCUCACCACAGAACUGGUUCGACCUGGAAGAUUUACCCAACGUAUGACUUCUGUGUUCCUAUUGUUGAUGCUCUUGAAGGUGUUACUCACGCGCUCCGUACCAUUGAGUACAGAGACCGUAAUGCUCAAUAUGACUGGAUGUUACAAGCUUUGCGUUUGAGAAAGGUCCACAUCUGGGAUUUCGCUCGUAUUAACUUUGUUAGAACUUUGUUGUCCAAGAGAAAGUUGCAAUGGAUGGUUGACAAGGACUUAGUCGGCAAUUGGGAUGAUCCAAGAUUCCCAACUGUCAGAGGUGUGAGAAGAAGAGGUAUGACUGUUGAAGGUUUAAGAAACUUCGUCUUAUCUCAAGGUCCAUCCAGAAAUGUUAUCAAUUUGGAAUGGAACUUGAUUUGGGCUUUCAACAAGAAGGUCAUUGAUCCAAUUGCUCCAAGACACACUGCUGUUGUCAACCCAGUUAAAAUUCACUUGGAAGGCGCUGAAGCUCCACAAGAACCAAAGAUCGAAUUGAAACCAAAACAUAAGAAAAACCCAGCCGUUGGUGAAAAGAAGGUCAUUUACUACAAGGACAUUGUCGUUGACAGGGAUGAUGCCAACGUCAUUGAUGUUGAUGAAGAGGUCACUUUAAUGGACUGGGGUAACGUUAUCAUUACCAAGAAGAAUGAUGACGGCUCUAUGGUUGCUAAAUUGCACUUGGAAGGUGAUUUCAAGAAGACCAAGCAUAAGUUAACUUGGUUAGCCGAUACCAAGGAUGUUGUCCCUGUCGAUUUAGUUGAUUUCGACCACUUGCUCACCAAGGACAAAUUGGAAGAGGACGAAAGCUUCGAAGAUUUCUUGACUCCUGAAACCGAGUUCCACACUGAUGCUAUUGCUGAUUUGAAUGUUAAAGACAUGAAGGUUGGCGAUAUCGUUCAAUUUGAGAGAAAGGGUUACUUCAGACUAGACGCUUUACCAAAGGAUGGUAAGCCAUACGUCUUUUUCACCAUCCCAGAUGGUAAAUCCGUUAACAAGUACGGUGCUAAGAAAUAA